AUGUCGAGCAACGGCAACUUUCAGUUCGACCCGUCGCGUCUCACGAAAGCUGCCGCCGCUGAAUUCUCGUCUUCGGCAUCAGAAGACGAGGAUGACUACCGCAUACCAGGCGUGGCAGCGGACGACGAUGAGUUCGGCGACUUUAACCCCAGAAAAAAGCGGCGACUCGGCAAGAACAAUAAGGAGAAGGCUGCACUUGGUAUUUUUGGCUCCGACAGCGAGGAUGAUGGGCCAGGGUCGAGAUGGAAACGAAAGUCUCUCCGAAAUAAGGGCAUGACCUUUGUUUCGACGAAUUCCAAAGCAAACAAAUCCGAGGACGAAAUGGAAUCAGAGGAUAACAAGCCGGUGUUGGGCAGUUGGAAUAAUGACGAAGACGACGACGGUCAAGACGAUGACGAAGAAGACGACGAUGACAACACAACAAGUGGUAUUGGGUUGGGCUUUGGGCGCGGCCUAGGCUCUACAUUCCAGCGAGCCACCGAAGAUGAAGAAGACGAGACCAUAAAAGCCUCUCCUCCGAAGGUGAAGUCUAGAUUCCAAGGGGGCGGCGUCCUUGGAAGGGGCUUCGUGCCAUCAUCCGCGAACGAGCCCGUUUUAAAAGAGACGGUGGCGAAUAAAGAACCACCUCAAAACAAACCACAGCAUAGCACUUUCACUAGCAAAGGAAAAAUCAACGCCAAAGGCUUUGGAGCACGAAUGAUGGCUAAAAUGGGCUACGUCCAAGGCACAGGUCUCGGUAAAGAAGGACAAGGAAGAAACUUAAUCAUUGAAGCGAAUCUACGACCUCAAGGUGCUGGUUUGGGAGCCGUCAAGGAGAAAUCCGAACAUGAACGCCGGGAAGAGAAGCGCCAAGCGGAAUUACGGGGCGAAAAGGUAAUCGAUUCUGAUGAAGAGGAGAAGAAACGCAAGAGAGCCAAGAAGAAGGCUCUCGGAGGUGCAGCUGGCAGCGGUGCUAGUACUCCGCGAAGACAAAAGACGAAAUACUUGACAGCUGAAGAAUUGAAAGCCUCAGCUCCGGGCUUAAAUAUUCCAGAAGCUUUUACGCCCAUUUUGGACAUGACUGGACCUGGGAGCAAGAUGCUCACAUCAACAAGCGGAAUCAUGACGCCAACAUCUGGUGUGCCUGAAUCAACAGAACUGAUUGAGGCAAGGAAAUUGGUCAAACGAGCGCAAGCAGAUCUCCAAGCUUUUUCUGAAGAGUGGAGAAGCCUUGAGGAACGCAAGACUUGGGUCAAUGCUGAACUGGAGGAAAGGGAACGAGAAAUGGAAGACCUGCGGUCCGACUUUGAGAGACUCCAAGCGUUUUCUAGCAUGAUUGCUGAACAGCUCACCGUGGAUUCCGACUGGGAUUUAGUUAUCAACUGUUUGCAGAAAGCAGCUGAGCUUGGUACUGCCAACGCUGACACGGCAGACAUUGCCGUCGCUGCGGUUCACCCUUUCUUCCGAGACACUGAAUGGGAUCCUCUCGCAGAACCGUCUAAGUUUACGCCGGAACUCAAGCGUUUAGCACCAUUGCUCAUGAAGUCGCAAAAUGAAGGUCGCUCUGUUGACAAGUGGCACUCGAACAGUCUGCAGCAGGAAGGCAUCUAUCGGAGACACCAGAAAGCUACAACACCGUACGAAAGCAUGAUGUAUAAAAACUGGCUGCCGCGUGUUGUCACAGCAAUCCGCGAAUGGGACCCGUUGACGCCGAGUCCAAUGCUCGACGUGGUAGAGAGCUGGAACGACCUGCUCCCCCCUUUCAUAAGAGCUCAGGUCAUGGACCAUGUAGCACGGAAGCUUGAGACUGCGGUUUCGGACUGGAAUCCCAAAAAGAAGCGUCAAAGUCACCAUCUGCCGCACACUUGGCUCUUCCCGUGGUUACAGCACCUGCCUCCGUACCACCUAGAUCCAAAGGGCACCGGCCUAGUGGCAGACGUCAAGAGAAAGUUCCGACAGCUCAUUGACGUCUGGGAGUUUGAGCGCGGAACAGUACCUGGCCUGAAGCAAUGGGAGGACGUCUUGGGCAGUCAAUGGCGACCACUUAUCAUGUCUCACGUACUUCCAUCCAUGGGUCGAUACUUGAGAAUGAAUUUCCGUGUCGACCCUGCAGACCAAGAGCCUUACCUCCCUGUCCUCACAGGGGUGAUGACGUGGAAUCGCAUGCUUGGUGACACCAUUAUUGCCGAGGUGCUUGUACAAGAUGUCUUUCCAAUGUGGUACGACAAACUGCGGGAGUGGUUGGCCCUUGGCGAAGCAGACCUUGAGGAAGUGGCAGAGUGGUACAGCUGGUGGCGUGGCGUGUUGUUGAAGGACAUGGCUCACGUCAAGGGGGUCAGAAAUGAAUUGGAUAAGGGACUGCAAAUUAUGAACAUUGUGUAA